UGGGGUCGGGUGGGCGGCCGGAGAGGCGGGCGUGAGCUCCCUAGGGCAGCGCACACCCAGCCGACCCCUCCUGGCCACUGGCCCCCAGCACAGCCCCUACUCAGUUCCGUGUUGGCGUGGACGCCGUGGCUUGGACUGGGCAGAUGGCGGCGUGGGGAAGGCAGUGAAGACAGCACCUCGGAGUCUUUGUGUGUCUGUGGUGCUCGAGUCAAACAAUGAGGACAGCUGCCUCAGUGGCCGGGCCUUUCUGCUUUUCCCCGGUCUUUUCUGAGGCUGGUAGAGACAGCUUGGGAGUUCUAGAGCCGUGGCAACCAGACUCCUGGGGACUUUUUUGGUUUUUGUUUUUUGGUAGGGAUGGAUUAAUUUUUAUCUUUUAGUUUUGUGUUAUAGUGGUGUUUAAAAAGCAUACUUACACACACCACCCAUGCCGCCAUUAUUUAAUAUAUAUAUUCAUUCAUUCAUUUUGAGACGAAGAGAGAGAAUCCCAAGCAGGCUCUGCUCUGCGUUGUCAGCGCAGAGCCGGAUGCAGUGCUCCAUCUCAGCAACCGUGAGUGAGAUCAUGACCUUAAAUGAAAUCAGGAGUCUGUUGGCUAGCCCACUGAGCCACCCAGGUGCCCCAAAGGAAUAUAUUUUAAAGCUAAGUACUGACACUGUAAGCUCGGAAUAAAUGCCAUCCUUUGCAAGAAAGGUCAUUGCCAACCUCUGUUAGUCACUGUGUAUAGUUACUGUAUUUUUUGUUUUACAGUUUGCCAGAUUAAAUCUUUGUAAUGAACUGGUGUUUGGAAACUGUUGCUUUAGAAUGGAUGUUGUUUGGCUUUCAGAAGUCUUUUAGAUGGAAGUAUUUUGGACUUUUGGAAUUAAAAUCCCUGAUUUCAGAAUUUACUCCCACAUAUAACCAGUCAGAUAGCCUUGAGUGAAUUACUUAGCUCUUCUGAGCCUUCUCUUAUUCUUUUUUAACUCAGAGCUCACAAAUGUUUUGUGGGAAGUAAACAAAAUGUAUGUUGUAAGAUUUAUUUAUAUCUGUGAAGGAAGAGUAGAGUUCUAAUAAUUUACUGUAGAAGAUCCUUUUUUCCCCUUUUAUUUAUUUUUCUCAAAAUAAACUUUAGUUUUUAGAGCAGUUUUAGUUUCACACCAAAAGUGAGCAGAAAGCACAGAGAUUUUCCAUAUACUUCCCUCAUUCAUGCACAGCUUCCCCCACUUAUAACAUCCCCCAUAGACUGGUACAUUUGUUAAAAUCGAUGAAACUACGUUGUCAUGUCAUAAUCACCCAAAUUCUAUUGUUAUUACAUUAGGGUUCACUCUUGGUGGUAUACAUUCUAUGGGUUUGGACAAAUGUAAAAUGACAUAUAUAAUGUAUCCACCAUUAUGGUAUCGUGCAGAGUGGUUUCACUGCCCUAAAAAUCCUCUCUGCUCUGCCUGUUCAUCCCUCUCUUCUCCCACCCCCUGGCAACCAUUGAUAUUUUUACUGACUCUGUAGUUUUACCUUUUUUUGAAUGUAGUUUUAGAAUGCCAUGUAUUUGGAAUUGUACAGUAGAUUGUCUCUUCAGAUUGGUUUCUUUCACUUAGUAAUGGGCAUUUUAAGAUUCCUCCACAUCUUUUCAUGGCUCGAUAGCUCAUUUCUUUUUGGUGCUGAAUAAUAUUCUGUUGUUGGAAUGUAUCACAUUUAUCCAUUCACCUUGUGAAGGACAUCUCAGUUGCUUCCAGAUUUUGGCAAUUAUUUAUAAUGCUGCUAUAAACAUUUGUGUGCAGAUUUUUGUGUGGACAUAUGUUUUUAACUCCUUUCACAAUAAAUACCAAAGGUCAUGACUGCUGGAUUGUAUGUUAAAGAGUAUGUUUAGUUUUGCAAGAAACUGCCAAACAGUCUUCCAAAGUUGGCUGUACCAUUUUGCAUUCCCACCAGUAAUGAAUGAAAAUUCCUGUUACUUCACAUCCUCACCAGCUUUUGGUGGGGUUAGUAUUCUGGAUUUUGGCCGUGUUGAUAGGUGUGUAAUGGUAUUACACUGUUGUUUUGACUUUCAUUUCCCUGGUGGCAUAUGAUGUGGAGCAUCUUUGUAUAUUCUUGUUUAGAAUGUGUAUAUCUUCUUUGGUGAGGUGUUGGUUAAGGUCUUUGGGCCAUUUUUUAAUUGAGUUGUUUGUUUUCUUAUUGUUGAGUUUUAAGAGUUCUUUGUAUAAUGUAUAAAAAGGUUAACAGUCCUUUAUCAGAUUAAGUGUGUCUUUUGCAAAUAUUUUUCCCAGUUUAUGGCUUGUCAUCUCACUCUCUUGACAUUGUCUUUCACAGUGCAGAAGUUUUUAAAUUUUAUCAAAGUUCAGUUUAUUAUUUUUUUUCACGAAUCACACUUUUGUGUUGCAUCUAAAGAGUCAUCACUAUACCCAAGAUCAUUUAGGUUUUCUUCUGUUAUCUUCUAGGAGUUUCAUAGUUUUGCAUUUCACAUUAAAAAAAUUUUUUUUGGAUGUUUAUUUAUUUUUGAGAGAGAGGGAGAGACAGAGCACGAACAAGGGAGGGGCAGAGAGAGAGGGAGAAACAGAAUCCAAAGAAGGCUCCAGGCCCCCAACUUUCAACAGAGAGCCUGACACGGGACUCGAACUCACGAACUGUGAGAUCAUGACUUGAGCUGAAGUCAGAUGCUUAACCAACUGAGCCACCCAGGUGCCUCUUGCAUUUUACAUUUAGAUCCAUUUUGAGUUAUUUUUGUGAAGGGUGUAAGAUUUGUGUCUAAGUUAUUUAUUUAUUUACUUAUUUAUUUAGUUAGUAAGUCAGUAAGUAAGUAUGUGGAUGUCCAGUUGUCUUGGUACCAUUUGUUGAAAAGACUAUCUUUAUUCCAUUGUAUUUCCUUUGCUCCUUUAUCAAAUAACAGUUGACUAUAUUUAUGUGGAUCUAUUUAUGGGCUCUCUAUUCUGUUCCAUUAAUUUGUUCUUUCACCAAUACCACACUGUCUUCAUUACUUCAUGUUGUGUGGUGUCAGUCCUUCUACUUUGUCCUUCUUUUUGAAUGUUUUAUUGGUUAUUCUGGGUCUUUUGCUUCUUGUAUAAACUUCAGAGUGAGUUUGUUGGUGUCCACAAAAUAACUUGCUGAGAUUUUGAUUGGCAUUGCAUUGAAUCUGUAGAUAAAUUGGAAAGAACUGGCACUUUGGCAAUAUUGAAUCUUUCGGUCUGUGAACAUGGAAUAGAAAUCCUUUUUGAAAGUUCCUUUCCAUCACCCACACCCAGAUCAAUUGCCAAGAACUGCUCAGUUUUUCUCAAUUGUUUUCUCCUUACUGCUGAUUAGUGUAGAAUUUCAUCAUUUGUUUAGACUAUUGCAAAAACUUUACUGGCCUUCCUAAGAUCCAGUCCUCCCUCCCCCAUCAUUCCUCCUAUAUAGAUUUCUGACCUUGUGAGUUAGUACUUCCUUCACACUUAGAGUGGGAAAAUCCUUUCUAACUCUGACACAAAACCCAGAGCCAUAAAAAAAAAAAAAAAGAAAAAGAAUGAUUGCAUGGUGAAACAAAUAUAAACAAAGUCACAUGAGAUAUAUGGCAAAGACAUGACAAAGGAAAAAUUUGCCACUCCUAUCGUAACAAAGGACUAAUUUUCCUUUUAAAAAUACACUCAUUUACUCAAAAUGCAAGUUAGAUUUGGUGAAGGAGUGAGGAAAAAGGUACUCCCAUAUCGCUCAUGCUGGAAGUGUAAAUUGUAAAUUAGUCCAGGGCCAAUGAAGGGCUAAUUGGCAAUAUCAAAAUUAUAAAGUCACAUAAAUUUUGAUCCAGCAAUUCUGCUUCGAGGAACUUUUCAUGUAUAUGCCUACCCACAUGCAAAUUGAUAGAUGCCCAGAGUUUUUCAUGAGAAUAUUGUUAGUUAGAAAAGAUUAAAAACUGCCCAUCUGUGAUAGAGUGGGUAAAUAAAUCAUGAUAAACCCAUACAGCGAUACUAUGCAUCGGUAAAAAGACAGGAGGAGCUAUGUGUGAAAGGAAAGAUCUCUAGGAUACAUUUUUUUUUUAAACAGAUUUUAUUUUUAAGUAAUCUUAGGUAAUCUACAUCCAACCUAGGGCUUGAACUCACAACCCCAAGAUCAAGAGUUGCAUGCUGCACUGACUGAGGAAGCCAGGCAUCCCUAAGAUACAUUGUUAAUUGAGAAAAGGAAGAUGCAGUACAUGACUCAUGGUGUCCUAUCAUUUAUGAAAAAAUAUAUAUUAUACAUUGUUUUAUAUAUAUAUGCACAUAUACACAUAAUAACUGUAAAGAUACAUAAGAUACAUAAGAAACUAGUGGGAAGAGGGAAACUUUACACAGUAUGUAUUUUAUAAUUUGAAACUUUGAAUCAGUAUUACCUAUUUUAAAAAAUAACAAAAAAUAUAAAGUAAAAUCUCUCUAUUGGUUGCUUAUCACAUAUAGUAUGUGAUCACCUCUUUGUUCUGCCUCUUAAGAGCCUUUAGAAUUUGACUUCUGUUUACUUCUUGACUCUACUCCCAUGGCCUUACCUCCAGAGUUUACUUUACUUCUCUGGUUUGCAAAGUACAUUUUUUGUUUUGUUUUUCCUCUUUCUUUUUUCUUUUUUUUUCAAAGCACAUUUGUAAUAGAGCUAUACUGUCAUCCCCAUGCUUUAGAAAAUAUAGUUUCUUUAUUCCUGGAAUGGCUUGCCUAAUACUCCAGUGGUCUUUAUUUUUCUUUAAAGCCCAAUCCAAAAUUACCUUCCAUGAAUUCUUUCUGUGCUUGUAUGACCUCCUAUUAAUUUUACUUCUACAUUAUAUUGAAAUUGUGUUUACAUUUCUGCCUCCUCUGUUCAGUUAUACACAUGCUCCUUAAGGGUCCGAGUGUUAAAUAAAAUUAGUGAGAGUGCUUUCGUAUGUCAUUGAUAGCGUUUUAACCGUUAUGACUUUAAAAACUUAAAACUAUUCUCAGCUUCCAGCCCAACAGUUUUUUUUUUUUUUUCUGGGAAUUUUUCCUGAAAAAAUAAGCAGAGGUAUAACCAAAAAUUCAUCAGCAAAGAUGUUCAUUGUGGCCUAAUUUAUAAUAAGAGGAAAUUAUAAAUAAUUUAAUUGUUUAACAAUAGGGGACUACUUAAGUAUGCAUAGUCUCAUGUGCUCCUAAAAUAAUGAUAAAGACUAUAUGAUGUCAUGUUCCUGAGAUAACAUGUGAGAAGCAAGUUACAGAGCUGUACUAUUGGUUCCAAUCAUGUGAUCCAAAUCGGUACAGGGAGAAAUGAUCAGAAGAAUAUAGUACAAAACAAUAGCAGUGAUUAUUCUCUGGUUUUGUAUGUCUUUUCUGAUUUUACAAAUUUUAUGUUUUGUAAUGAGAACAAUAAAUGUUAUUUCUAAAAAAAGAAGAUUUUUAGAGAGCAGCAAGCCUAAGUUUUGUAUAAUAAAAGUCAAAUGUAUCCAAAUAUUUUGAUUAAUGGGUAAACAAUUUUCAGAGAAUCCAAAGUAUGUACAGUAAAGCUAACUUAGUUCAGCUUUUCUUUGUUAAUUGAGAAGGUGUUAGGGUUUUGUCUUCUGUGUAUCAGGAUUAAGACCAUACUUGUUAGGGGCGCCUGGGUGGCUCAGUUGGUUGAACGUCCACCUUCUGCUCAGGUCAUGAUCUUGUGGUUUGUGGGUUCAAGCCCUUCAUUGGGCUCUGUGCUGACAGCUCAGAGCCUGGAGCCUGCUUUAGAUUCUGUGUCUCCUUCUCUCUGCGCCCUCCCCUACUUGUGCUCUCUCUCUCUCAAAAUAAACAUUAAAAAAAAAAAAAAAAAGAAGACCAUACUUGUUGACUGCACAGAACAUAGGAGAGAGUGCUAAUUAAAGAAGGAUAGUAACUAAUUUUUGAGUCCAUAUACCAGGCACUGUCCAAAACUUGAAAUGCAUGUAGAUAUCAAAUUCUUACACAAGCCUCUGAGAUAGGAACUGUUAUUACCCCUAUUUUGCUGGUUAAGAAACUGAGACUCAAAGGGGCGCCUGGGUGACUCAGUUGGUUAAGCGUCUGACUCUUGGUUUCAGCUCGGGUCAUGAUCUCACGGUUCAUAGGCUCAAGCCCUGUGUCGGGCUCCGUGCCGACAGUGUGGAGCCUGCUUGGGAUUUUCUCUCCAUCUCUCUUUGCCCCUCACCUGCUUGUGCGUGCUCUCUCUCGCUAGCUCUCUCUCAAAAUAAAUAAGCUUAAAAAAAAAAAAAAAGAACUAAAACUCGGAAGUGAGGUAACUUAUUCAGGCUCACACAGGAGUAGCCAGGAUGCCCAUUGUUAGAGUGGUAGAUAAAGGAUUUAUUGUAAUUAGGUGGAGGAAACACUGUGAAUGCAGACUAAAGGAAUUUGGGGGCAUGUGGGUGGCUCAGUCGGUUAAGCAUCUGGACUCAAGUCAUGAUCUCAGGGUUUGUGAGUUCAAGCCCCGCAUGGAGUUCUGCACUGUAAGCAGAGCCUGCUUGGGAUUCUCUUUCUCCCUCUCUGCUCUUUCCCUGCUCGUGUGUGCGCGCACACGCUCUCUCUCAAAAUAAAUAAAUAAACAUUAAAAAAAAGACUAAAGGAAUUUCAUGUCUUUGGUUGUAGCAGUGGUCUGGGUAACAUGAGUGUCUGUGUCUUCAGAGCCUUGGGCAGGGGCUUCUGUCAGAGGAAGCACUGCUCAGCACCUAGAAACUUGUAUUCAGGGAGGUUCUCUUCAUCACUAGAAACUGGGGGCUCAAAAACUUGGUUGUUCCUUUGGGUUAAUGUUAUCAAUGACUUCUUGAGGUCUUCUAGAUGAUGUUCUCCAAGCUUUAAGGAAGAAAUCAAGCAAGGAUCGAGGGGACCCGGAGAGGAGCCUUUCUUAAAUGACAACAAUGACAAGAGAAAAUUGGGGCCACAAUGCUCUGAGACAAGAGGGUCUUGUUAAAGGGAAGGAUGAUACUUGGAAAUGGGGAACCAGCUUCCAAGGAAGCAGCUCCUCUGUUUGGGAGACCUCCCACCUGCACUUUAGACAGUUACGUUACCAUGAGACAUCUGGACCCCAGGAGGCACUGAUCCGGCUCCGGGAGCUCUGUCGCCGGUGGCUGAGGCCAGAAGCACGUACCAAGGCCCAGAUCCUGGAGCUGCUGGUCCUGGAGCAGUUCCUGAGCAUCUUGCCUGGGGAGAUUCGGACCUGGGUGCAGAUCCAUCGCCCUGGGAGUGGUGAGGAGGCCGUGGCCCUGGUAGAGGAGCUACAGCAAGACCUCGAUGGACCAGCACUGAAAGUUCCAGUUCUUGUUCAGGACCAGGACAUUCUCCAAGAGGGGAUGAGUACUCCAGGAGCAGCAGUUCCUCAUGCACCCAGUGGCAGCCACAUAGCUGAAAUUUGCCAAAAUCCUUUUACUGACCCAGUGGUGUUCAAUCUCCAGGAUCCUCAACAUGCUUUUUCUCCUCCCUCAGAUUCUCCUGCCCCUGAAGCUUCUGCCCUUUCCCAGGAAGAAAAUCCAAGAAAUCAAUUAAUGGCCCUCAUGCUCCUAACAGCCCAGCCCCAGGAGUUGGUGAUGUUUGAGGAGGUGUCAGUAUGCUUCACUUCAGAGGAAUGGGAGUGUCUGGGCCCAAUUCAGAGGGCCUUGUACUGGGAUGUGAUGCUGGAGAAUUAUGGAAAUGUGACCUCCCUAGAAUGGGAGACCAUGACUGAGAAUGAGGAGGUGACACCAAAGGCAAGCAUUUCUCAAAGAGCAGAUUCUCAGAAAGGAACAUCCAAAAGACUUCAAGGAAGUGUUCCCCAGACCCUUGAUUUUGAGGAGGAAUGUGAAUGGCAAAUUGUGGCAAGUCAGUGGGGGACUGAAACAGGGGAAAGAGAUAAGCCGAAAAAAGGUCCCCUCUGUGAACGAGAUACAAAGAAAAGGGCUCUACCAGAAAAACAAGGCCAAAAGUGGAAGGAAUUUGGAGAAAGCUUGACUCUAGGUUCAGCUCUUUCUGAAAGUUUAAUAGGUACUGAAGGAAAGAAGUUUUAUAAAUGUGAUAUAUGUUGUAAACAUUUCAAUAAAAUCUCCCAUCUUAUAAACCAUCGGAGAAUCCACACUGGUGAGAAGCCUCAUAAAUGUAAAGAGUGUGGAAAAGGCUUUAUUCAGCGCUCAAGCCUUCUAAUGCAUUUACGCAACCAUUCUGGGGAGAAACCUUAUAAAUGUAAUGAAUGUGGGAAAGCCUUCUCUCAAAGUGCUUACCUUCUAAACCAUCAAAGAAUCCACACUGGAGAGAAGCCUUAUAAAUGUAAGGAGUGUGGAAAGGGCUUCUAUAGGCACUCAGGCCUUAUUAUACAUCUAAGGCGCCAUUCUGGGGAGAGACCUUACAAAUGUAACGAGUGUGGGAAAGUUUUCUCUCAGAAUGCUUACCUCAUUGAUCAUCAGAGGCUCCACAAAGGGGAAGAGCCUUAUAAAUGUAACAAGUGUCAGAAAGCUUUCGUUCUGAAGAAGAGCCUCAUUCUACACCAGAGAAUCCACUCUGGGGAAAAACCCUAUAAGUGUGAUGAAUGUGGGAAAACCUUUGCUCAGACCACUUACCUUGUUGACCAUCAGCGACUCCACAGUGCAGAGAACCCGUACAAAUGUAAAGAAUGUGGAAAAGUUUUCAUUCGAAGCAAAAGCCUUCUCUUACACCAGAGAGUACACACAGAAAAGAAGACUUUUGGUUGUAAAAAAUGUGGGAAGAUUUUCAAUUCAAAGUCAAACCUCAUUGACCAUAAGAGGAUGCACAGCAGAGAGAAACCGUAUAAAUGUACUGAAUGUGGGAAAGCCUUUACUCAGAGUGCUUACCUUUUUGACCAUCAGAGACUCCACAAUGGAGAGAAACCCUAUGAAUGUAAUGAAUGUGGGAAAGUUUUUAUUUUAAAGAAGAGCCUCAUAUUACAUCAGAGGUUUCACACUGGAGAGAAUCUCUAUGAGUGUAAAGACUGUGGCAAGGUCUUUGGUUCUAACAGAAACCUCACUGACCAUGAGAGACUCCACAAUGGGGAGAAACCCUAUGAAUGUCGAGAGUGUGGGAAAACUUUCAUUAUGAGCAAAAGUUUCAUGGUCCAUCAGAAACUACAUACACAGGAGAAAUCCUACAAAUGUGAGGAUUGUGGGAAGGCUUUCAGUUACAAUUCAAGUCUGCUCGUACAUCGGAGAAUCCACACUGGGGAAAAGCCCUUUGAAUGCAAUGAGUGUGGAAGAGCUUUCAGUUCAAACAGAAACCUCAUUGAACAUAAGAGAAUCCACAGUGGGGAGAAACCCUAUGAGUGUAAUGAGUGUGGUAAGUGCUUCAUUUUGAAGAAAAGCCUCAUUGGACAUCAGAGGAUUCACACAAGGGAAAAAUCUUAUAAAUGCAGUGACUGUGGGAAAGUCUUCAGUUACCGCUCAAACCUUAUAGCCCAUCAGAGAAUCCAUACUGGUGAGAAGCCCUAUGCAUGUAAUGAAUGUGGGAAAGGCUUUACUUACAACAGAAACCUUAUUGAACAUCAAAGAAUUCACAGUGGGGAAAAAACCUAUGAAUGUCAUAUAUGUAGAAAAGUUCUUACCUCUAGUAGAAAUCUUAUGGUACAUCAAAGAAUCCACACUGGAGAGAAGCCAUAUAAAUGUAAUGAGUGUGGAAAAGACUUUAGUCAGAAUAAAAACCUUGUUGUACAUCAGAGGAUGCACACUGGGGAAAAACCAUAUGAGUGUGAGAAGUGUAGAAAAUCUUUUACUUCUAAGAGGAAUUUAGUUGGCCACCAGAGAAUCCAUACAGGGGAGAAACCAUAUGGGUGUAAUGAUUGUAGUAAAGUUUUUAGGCAGAGAAAAAACCUUACUGUACAUCAGAAAAUUCAUACAGAUGGAAAACUCUGUGAAUGUGAUGAGUCUGAAAAAGAAUUCUCUCAGACUUCAAACCUUCACCUUCAACAAGAAAUCCAUACUGUGGAGGGAUUCUCUUGGCUCCAAAAUGCCAAUGAGUCUAAGACAGAGAUUCAGAAAAUCUAGUGUCACAUGUAAAAUGGGAUAGAAUUCCAACCUACCUAAAUAACUGUUAGACAAAUGGCAGUAUAUCAUUCUUGCAAGGAAAAAAAAUCAUGAUUGACUCUUUUGUAAACCAGUGAUUUGCAUGUGGAAGAAAGCUAACGUAGACUUUCAAGACUGCAACAACGUAAACCAAAUUCUAGUUAAAGAAUACUUUGUUCCAGACCAUUUGUUAUGACUCUAGAAAGGGACCUUAGAGCAAUUAGACUCUGAAAAAAAUUUAUGAGAUGUAAUAAUGUAGUUGUAAAUGAUAGCAAAAAUAUUUUUGUAUUAAAAAAUGGACAUUGUUUCUGAAAGUGUGUAAAUUGUACAUUUUAAAAAUUGCAUCACUGCUACAGAAAGUCUCUGUGGACAGUAUGAUCGAGACAUGUCAGACAUGGAUGUGGGUGGGCAAGAGUCUGCUGUUUGAGGGCAACUUAAGAAGAGUACUGCAUUUGGAAUUAGAAGACCUAGUUUUAGGUCCUGGCUCUUUCUCUUACUAGCUAUGUGUGAAGUCAGUUUCUAGGCCUCAGUUUCUCUGUCAGUGAAAUGUUGAUAUAAUGCCUACCUCACAAGGUUUGAGGAUUAAGUAAAGGAUGUUUGUGAAUGUACUUUGUGAAAUAAUUUAGUUGUCAAUAAAGUUGGAUAAAAGAGGUAUGGUCAAAAUACAGAA